AUGCAGAUUUGCAGAAGUUUAGAAGAGGAGGAGGACUGGAGGAGUCGACAGCCGAGGCCCGAGGGUCGGAUUAGACGAAGUGAUGAACUGGGGUUGGAGCGCAGUCGAAGAAUCGAACUCCCAGAGGCCAGAGCUGCAAUCGAAGUGAUGAGGAGGAGGAGGACUGACGAAGUGAUGAACGGGCGACUGAUUUUGUUAUUACCAAACCUUGCUUUUGCUUCUGCUGAUUCAACUGAAGCAGAAGCUCUUCUCCGAUGGAAAGCCAGCUUUCAGAAUCAAACCGAGAAUCAUAACCUCACCUCGUGGACUCACCUUCCUGGUGAGGCCACCAAUUCAUCUACGCCAUGCAAUAUUUGGACUGGUAUUUCAUGCAACAGAGAUGGAUGGGUGAACAGGAUAAACCUUAGCAAUUCUGGUAUACAAGAUUACAUCCCACCACAGAUAAGUUCCCUCUCCAAACUCAUCUAUCUUGAUCUCUCUUCUAAUAAUUUGACUGGAACGAUCCCACCAGAAAUUGGUCUUCUGUCAAAUCUUGAAGUCCUGCACCUACAUGAAAACCAUUUACACGGCUCAAUUCCCAAAGAAUUAGGCCAGCUCAAGUCUCUUUACGAGCUUACUCUGUGCUACAACAAGCUAGAAGGGUCUAUUCCGGCUUCUCUGGGUAAUUUGACCAACAUGACCAGCUUGUAUCUCUAUGCAAAUCAGCUUUCUGGUGCCAUUCCUCCAGAAAUAGGAAAUCUAUCUAGUUUGAUCGGACUGUAUAUGGAACACAACCAUUUGACAGGUCCCAUCCCUCCAAGUGUCGGAAACUUGAAAAAUCUAAAUUACAUGUGCUUGUACACAAAUCAACUUUCUGGCCCCAUUCCUGAUGGGAUAGGGAAUCUGAAAUCUCUUUGGGAUCUGGAGUUGGGUGACAACAAUUUAACAGGUCCAAUACCUCCAAGUUUCGGAAACUUGAAAAACCUAAUUCUUCUGUUCUUGGCCAGGAAUCAACUUUCUGGCCUCAUUCCUAAUGAGAUAGGGAAUCUGAAAUCCCUGCAGAUGUUGUGGUUGAGUGACAACUAUUUAACAGGUUCAAUACCUCCAAGUGUCGGAAACUUAAGAGGGCUAACAGCAUUGUACUUGUUCAACAAUCAUCUUUCUGGUUCCAUCCCCUCAGAAAUAGGAAAUUUGAAGUCUCUUGAGCGAUUAAGCCUUUCAAGUAACUAUCCUCUAUAUCUUUCUAUAGAUGAUCAUUUUGCUAAAGAGAAGGGGAAUGUAAAAUUAUACUUCUCCCGUUAUCAGCUCAGUGGUAAUAAGAGAGACUUUAUAAAUAAGCUCUCAGGAACUAUCCCCAGAGAGAUAGGGAACUUGAAAUCUCUAGUACGGCUAGAUUUGUCCGGCCAUCAACUCAAUGGUUCAAUUCCAAGAUCAUUUGGUCAUCUGGCAAAUCUUACCAUUUUCGAUCUCUCUCAAAAUAAGCUUUCUGGUACUAUUCCUAUAGAGAUAGGGAAGUUGAAAUCUAUUGUGAGUCUAGACUUGAGCUAUAAUGAACUAAAUGGCCCAAUCCCAACAUCCUUGGGUGAUUUGGGAAAUCUUACCAUUCUCCAUCUAUCUACAAAUAAGCUUUCUGGCGUUAUUCCUAAGGAGUUAGGCCACUUGAAAUCCCUUGUGAGCUUGGAAUUAAACUUCAAUCAACUUGGUGGUUCCAUUCCCACUUCAUUCGGCGACUUGAGCAACUUGGAAAUCUUAAACCUCUUGGGCAACCAUCUCUCUGGCUCAAUCCCUCAAGAAAUAGGAAUUCUCAAAAACUUGAGUGAACUACAACUGGGUAAUAAUCAGUUUAUUGGUCAUUUACCCCAAAACCUUUGCCAAGGGGGAUCACUCAGCAAUUUUUCUGCAACCAAUAACUAUUUGAUUGGUCCAAUCCCCAGAAGCUUGAAAACUUGUACGAGCUUAGUCAGACUCCGUCUUGAUGGGAACCAAUUGGAAGGCAAUAUAUCCCAAGACUUUGGUGUUUAUCCGAGUCUUGAUUUUAUAGAUUUGAGCAAGAAUAAUUUCUAUGGUGAAAUCUCUCGCAACUGGGGACAAUGCCCACAGUUGAGGUCCCUAUUGAUUGGGGGAAACAACCUUACUGGUGGCAUACCGCCUGAGAUUGGCAAUGCAACCCAAAUUCAUGUACUCGAUUUUUCUUCUAAUUGUUUGGAUGGGACUAUUCCAAAGGAAUUUGGGAGGUUGACUUCUUUGGAAAAGUUGAUGUUGAAUGAAAAUCAACUUUCUGGUCCUAUACCUUCCGAAUUUGGGUCAUUGGCUAAUCUUGAAUAUCUUGAUCUAUCCACAAACAGAUUCAAUGAGUCGAUUCCAAGCUUUGUAGGUGACUUCCUCAAAUUAAACCACAUGAAUUUGAGCAACAACAAGUUCGGAGAAGGAAUUCCAUUUCGUUUGGGGAAGUUAGAUCAUGUUUCUGAACUAGAUUUAAGUCAUAACUCACUUACUGGUAAGAUACCUUCAGAGAUUAGUAAUAUGGGCAGUCUGGAAAAGCUGAAUUUGUCCCACAAUAAUCUCUCUGGUUUCAUUCCAGCAAGCUUUGAAGGCAUGCACAGCUUGUCGGCUGUCGACAUUUCCUACAAUGACUUGGAAGGUCCACUUCCCAAUAGCACAGCAUUUCAAGAUGCUCCGCCAGUAGCAUUGCAAGGGAACCAAGGCUUGUGUGGUGAGGGUGGAGCGUUGCAACUCUGCAGUACUAUACAAAGCUCUAGAAAGCACCAGAAACAUAAAUUUCUAAUCACAUUCUCUCUUCUAGCAGCACUUGCACUUCUAGCUACUAUCUUCGCAAUUGUCUUUGUGAUUAAAAGAAAGAAGAGGCACCAGAAUGGGGAAGAAACCAACAGGGAUAAAGAAAUUUCUUUUUCCAUAUUAGGUUAUAAUGGAAAGAUGAUGUAUGAGGAAAUCAUAAAGGCAACACAAGAUUUUGAUUCCAUAUACUGCAUCGGAAGGGGAGGACAUGGGAGUGUCUACAGAGCAAAUUUGUCAUCCACCAAUGUAGUUGCUGUGAAGAAACUCCAUCUGCUAUGCAGUGAUGACAAUAAUUUUCAGAGGCAAUUCUUGAAUGAAAUCAGGGCACUCACUCAGAUACGACAUCGAAACAUUGUGAAGCUUUAUGGUUUCUGUUCACAUAAGCGAGACUCAUUUUUGGUGUACGAGCAUCUAGAAAGGGGUAGCGUGGCCACAGUGCUGAGCAACGAUCAUGAAGCUGAAGAAUUGGAAUGGAGUAAGAGGGUGAAUAUUGUGAAAGAUGUAGCUAAUGCUUUGUGCUAUCUGCACCAUGAUUUAUUGCCACCUAUUGUACAUCGGGACAUAUCGAGCAAAAACAUUUUGCUGGAUUCUGAAUACAAGGCCUAUGUUUCAGAUUUUGGCACUGCUAAGUUCUUAAACCCAGACUCAGCUAAUUGGACUGCCCUUGCAGGCACAUAUGGUUAUAUGGCACCAGAACUCGCUUAUACAAUGGAAGUAAAUGAGAAAUGUGAUGUCUAUAGCUUUGGAGUGUUAACAUUGGAAAUAAUUAUGAGAAGGCAUCCAGAAGAUAUCUUCCCAUCUUUAUUAUCACAGUCAUCGUCACUGUCAUCAUCAUCUGCAUCACCUGCCCAUCAAAUGCCGAUUAUGGAGUUUUUGGACCAGCGCAUUUCCCCUCCUUCACAUCAAGUUGCAGGGGAAGUGCUUUCUCAUUUUAAGAUAGCAUUUGCAUGCUUGAAUGCUAGACCAGAAUCUCGUCCAACAAUGAAACAAGUUUCUCAACUCCUCUCAACUCAAAGUCUGCAUUUGUCCAAGCCAUUAUGUAUGAUAACAUGUGGUGAAUUGCUUGUUCUCAAUGCUUAG